CUCUAUUCUUAUCUCCUGCCCACGCACAUUCUCCAUGCUGGAUAUGCUGAAUUUGGGGGAGGGGUUUCGCAGGAAGAUCUAAUUCUGUGGUAACCCACAGAACAACAGUCACCGCAGAAGCAGCUUCUUCUUGAGUGUUUCUGUCACACCUGGGCCCUGGCAGUAGAUCUGAAAAAGACCAAAAAAACAAAAAAACAAAAACAACAACACUAUUUUCUGAAGAAACAUGAUGAGGCAAGAAAUAAAUUUACUUAGAUGUCACAAUUGGCUCAUCUGGAUUAUUUAACUUGUGAAUUAUCUGAAUGCCAGAAGGGCUUUUAAAUGGCAGUAAUGGCGGAAUACAAUUAGCAUGUUACUAAUAGAAUUUAGCUGAAGAUAUUUUAAUAAUUCAAGCAAUUACACUUCAUGUGUGUGGCCGCAAGGACGAAGCCGUCAACUUGAGCCAGCAGGUAGAACGAGGUCCCUCAGGAACAAUUCUUAUAAUCUAAAUUCGGCUUUCAUCGUUCAUUCGGCUUCUGGAGAAUCUUCACCACAGAUAAGCAAUUAUUAACUGAGCCGAUCUGCAUCUACACCAACAUUUACCCGAUUGGACCUCUGAAACGUUGAAACAUAUUAUUGGUAAUUCAGUUCUAACACUCCAAAUUAUAAAUUCCCAUUUUUAAAACCCUGCUACCGCCACUGCUAAACGGAACUAUAAAACAAAUGCGAAAGUCGCCAGCACAGGAGUAUUGGUCGAACACCUCCCUUCGGAAACCUUCCCUUCGCGCACAAAUAAUGAAUUGUCCUGAUUUAAAACGAGUUAUCUGUAAAUGAUUUAUUAACACGGUAAAGGUGGCGCUUUUUUCCAUUAAUCACCUAAAGAUAAUUAAUUUCGGCGAUGGUGAACGGAAAUGCACCGAGCAACCACGCUCUGGUAGCCUAUCUACAUCUUGCAAAUCCUUCAGCACUUCGGCAACAGUGGAUUUGCGUGUACGCACGCACCUCUCAUUUCCAACGUUUGCCUUCACGAACUUUGUUCCUGUAAACCACCAACAAAGCAUACUAAAGGUGAGAUUUUCAUUUGUAUGCAAGCCUGCAUUUUUUAAUUAAAAACGUAAUUAAACAUAUUUUAAUAUUGUAUACGUUUAAUUCUAGAACAAGCUUGACAAUUCUCAUCCCUUGGUGUACUCUAUUCAGGAACGGGGUUUUAGUGAGCUGCAGUGGUGUUCCUUGGCUUCAGCACGCGAAGGUGACCUCUUGGCGCAGUUCCUGCGCGCGUCUGGAUCCGUUCCUAUGACAACAGAAUUUUCCUCGUCUUUUCUCGUUGUUUCUCAGGGAUACGCGCGUAAUUCCAUUACCAGUUUGUGGUUUCAGAUUUACAUCUCGACUGCUCGGCCCAGAUGGCGAAGGCGGAUUUUGGAGCGGGACUGAAGGAGGUCGAGCCCACCUUCGACUGCAUGUUCAAGCUGCUGAUCAUCGGGAACAGCAGCGUGGGGAAGACUUCCUUCCUGUUCCGCUACGCGGACGACUCCUUCAGCCCCGCCUUCGUCAGCACCGUGGGCAUCGACUUCAAGGUCAAGACCGUCUACCGGGACACCAAGAGGAUCAAGCUCCAGAUCUGGGACACCGCAGGGCAGGAGCGGUACCGGACCAUCACCACGGCCUACUACAGAGGAGCCAUGGGCUUCGUCCUCAUGUAUGACAUCACCAACGAGGAGUCCUUCAACGCCGUGCAGGACUGGGCCACUCAAAUAAAGACAUACUCGUUGGACAGUGCUCAGGUGAUCCUGGUUGGGAAUAAGUGUGACCGACAGGGUGAGCGUGUAGUCACUCUGCUGAGAGGCAAGGGCCUGGCACAGCAGCUGGGGUUCGAGUACGUCGAGACGAGCGCCAAGGAGAACACAAACGUGCGCCGGGUGUUCGACCGGCUGGUGGACGUCAUCCUCGCGAACAUGCCACAGGCCGGAGACGCUGAUCUGCCAAUCACCAGCGGCGCCAAGGCAACACGACUCACAGACCCACCCCCAGAGCCGCCCAAGAACUGCGCCUGCUGACCACAACCUCCCUCUGCUGACCCCUGACCUUUCAGCUCCUACCAAAACACGACAUGUCCCUGCUGGCUGAAUCACUCCCAGGUGACAAGAUGGCCGACCGCAGUCAGAACUGGGCACCAGACUACAGGGCCCAUCACUGCACCAAAAACCAGUGCUUCAACGUGCCUCCUUUGCGGGGGGAUAUUCCUUAUAUCUGGAGUGUUGUAUUUUAGUAUUUCAUUCUUGGACAUAAAUAACUCUUUACCUAUCACCAUAUACCUGUGGCUGCUGGAUUUUUUAUUUUGUUUUUUUAAUAGAGAUAUGGAUCUAUUUUACUCUACCAACAAUUAUUAUUACAUUAUCAGUGCAUGUUGUGUCUCUAGAUAUUACCAAACAUUAAAUUACUUUAAUAACC